AUGUUAAAUUAUGGCCUCUUAGCCAACAACUACACUUUUCCACCAUUGAUUAAGGCUUGUACGACUCUUGGAUCGUCUUCAAAGUUGAUUGGUUGUUUGGUUCAUGCCCAUGUUGUUACGUUUGGAUUCGAUGAAGACCCUUUUGUUGUUAGCGCGCUUAUUGAAUUUUACUCCUUGAAUUUUGACAUGGGCACUGCUCGAACAUUGUUUGAUAGAAUUCCCAAUAGGGACGUGGUUUUGUGGACUGCAAUGAUUGAUGGGUAUGGGAAGAUGGGGGAUGUUGAGCAUGCGAGAAUCUUAUUUGAAGAUAUGCCUGAGAGAAAUGCAAUAUCCUGGAGUGCAGUAAUGGCAGCUUACUCAAGGGUCGGCGACUUCAAAGAGGUGCUUUGCCUAUUUAGGCGGAUGCAAGAGGCAGGAACAAUGCCGAAUGAGUCUGUUCUAGUGAGUGUUCUUACUGCCUGUGCUCAUCUUGGUGCACUCGCACAGGGACUGUGGGUUCACUCCUAUGCUAAGCAAUGUAAUUUUGAUUCAAAUCCAAUCUUGGCUACCGCAUUAGUUGACAUGUACUCAAAAUGUGGUUGUGUGGAGUCAGCUUUAUCAACUUUUCAGGGUAUUCCCAACAAAGAUGCCGGAGCAUGGAAUGCUAUGAUAUCUGGGGUUGCAAUGAAUGGAGACGCAUGGAAAUCACUUGAACUCUUCAAUAAAAUGAUCUCAAAUGGGACUCAACCCACAGAGACCACAUUUGUUGCUGUCCUAACUGCUUGUACUCAUGCAAGGUUGGUUAAAGAAGGCCUCAAAUUGUUUGAGCAAAUGAGUAGUAACUAUGGGGUUGAGCCUCAGCUUGAGCAUUACGCGUGUCUGGUUGACCUUAUGGCCAGAGCAGGUAUGUUAGCAGAAGCUGAGAAGUUUAUAGAAGAGAAGAUGGGUGGACUUGGUAGAGGGGAUGCUAAUGUGUGGGGAGCUAUGCUGGGUGCUUGUAGAACUUAUGGAAAUAUUGAGGUUGGGAACAGGGUUUGGAAAAAGCUUGCUGACAUGGGGGUGGCUGAUUGUGGUACUCAUGUGCUUUCAUAUAAUCUCUAUAGGGAAGCUGGCUGGGAUAUGGAGGCCAAGAGAGUCAGGAGAUUGAUCUCAGAGGCUGGAAUGAAGAAGAAACCUGGUUGCAGCAUAAUAGAGGUUGAUGGUACAGUCGAAGAGUUCCUUGCAGGCGAUCUUUCUCAUUCACAAGCACCACAAAUAUGUAAAACACUUGAUUCCUUGUCCAAUAUUGGGCGUUUGGAGUGUUACAAUGGUGCAUAA